UCUUAGUCUCUGAGCAAGAGGAGAGAGAUGGAUAUCCCUGUGGUAGACUUUAAUGGUCUCAAUGGUGAGAAAAGGAGUGAGACAAUGGCGUUACUGCACCAGGCUUGUGAGAAGUGGGGUUUCUUUCAGGUUGUGAACCAUGGAGUUGAUGGAGAGCUGAUGGAGAAAGUGAAGCAAUUAGUGAACAAGCAUUAUGACAAGUGCACGAAGGAGAGCUUCUACGAAUCUGAGAUAGCUAAAGGAUUAGAGAGCAGAGGUGUUACCUCAGAUGUUGACUGGGAAACCACUUUCUUCAUUUGGCAUAGGCCAACCUCAAACAUUGAUGAGUUCAAGGACCUCUCAAAGGAGUUUCGAGAAGCAAUGGAUGAAUAUAUUAAACAGGUGAUUAAGCUUGCAGAGAAGCUUUCAGAGCUCAUGUGUGAGAAUUUGGGCUUGGAGAAAAGUUACUUGAUGAAUGCAUUCUCAGGAACUGCAGGUCCCUCCGUGGGAACGAAGCUGGCAAAGUAUCCUCAGUGUCCUCGACCUGAACUUAUAAGGGGGCUACGAGAGCACACAGAUGCAGGUGGGAUCAUUCUCUUGCUCCAGGAUGAUCAAGUCCCAGGUCUUGAGUUCUUCAAGGAUGGAAAAUGGGUGCAGAUACCACCUUCUAAGGACAAUACUAUAUUUGUAAACACUGGUGAUCAGGUGGAGGUCUUGAGUAAUGGCAUGUAUAAGAGCGCAUUACACCGUGUCAUGGCUGACAAAGAUGGAAGCAGACUCUCCAUUGCUACCUUUUACAAUCCUACUGGUGAUGCCAUCAUUUCUCCGGCUCCAAAGCUCCUAUAUCCAAGUCACUACUGCUACCAAGACUACCUCAAACUUUAUUCAGCAACCAAGUUUACAGAUAAAGGAUCCAGAUUUGAGUCCAUGAAGAAAAUGGCAAAUGGAGUUGCUUAAAAGGACCAGUUUCUUGCUAUUACUGUGUGUUAUUUGUCAGAUUUCUUCUAGGUCCUGUUGGUGCUGUAGAUCUUAAUUACAUAAGAGGAGCAUUGCAUGUUCCUGUGUUUUUAGGUCUUUUGUUUGUUCUGCUGUACGAGUCUGUUAAAGUAUAUUUGUAAUUGAUGCUGUUUGGUUCGAGCAGUUUUUAGUCAUCCAAUCUGUUGAGACAUUCCAGAGUAACAAA